AUAUUUUUAUCUUUGUACGAUAAAUCUCAAAUUAUAAAAGAGAAUCCCAAAGUAUUUAUAAUUUAUAUUAUAUUAUGAUUAUGCAGAUUUUUGUGCAUUUUUACAUCUUUAUGAGCAUAAGAAAGCUGAGAAAAUCUAAAUAAAAAUUUGUAUUGAUAUAUAAAUUUGUAUUUGUAUGAUUAUCUUCUGUAUUAUUACAUAUUACAUACACCGCUUCAUAGUCUAAUUAUGAUCCUUUGAAACAUGUCGCCCAGAUGUUACCACGCUACUGCAAUUGAAUACGCGGUCGGUGAUGUCAAGCGCUUCUGAGAUAACUUAUAAAGAGAACUGAUAAAACCAGAUAUAGUUCAGUCUCGAGCCUCGCGUUCACACAUCUUGAGUCGAUUGUAAAUCCAGUUUCUCCGUAAACCACGGUCGAGCGUGCCACGGAACUUGGAACAGUGAAUGACCGAGACGAUCGAGCUAUAUAGAAGGAGGUACAUAAAAUUUUCUGUCGUUCACCGAGGAUAAAAAGCAUCAAGGUCCCCAACUCGAAGAAGCCCAAAGGGAAAGAUCGUGAAAUUUCGUUUAUGGAGAACUACACGUCAGACUCGAGCGACUCAGAUUCCAGCAGCAAGACACUGGAUCUGUCUUAUUUGAUGCUCGACACACAGUUGCUGAACGAUCAUUUCGUCAAUGCAAAGAGCCCAGAGCACGUGGACACUUUACUGCUUCAUCAAAAUCGGCUGACCAAUAUUCCACAAACUAUAGUUAGGUUCACAAACUUGAACUCAUUGGAUAUAUCAAAUUGUGGCCUUCAUCGAUUGCCUGACUUCCUUGGUGAUUGUCCAUUGUCCUGUUUAAUCGCUAAGCAUAAUAAUUUGAUGAACGAUUCGCUACCGAAAAAUCUUCAAAAUCUGCCGAGACUUAGGGAGCUGAAUCUCAGCGGGAACAGGUUAACAGAUUUUCCGGAGCAGGUUCUUGACCUGACGGAGCUUAAAUACCUGUACUUGGGCGGCAAUCAAAUCACGGAGAUUAGUAAAGAUGUAUGGAAACUGCAAAGACUACAAGUACUGUCAAUGGGAGGAAACAGAUUGGUAGAAGUACCAUCCACCUUAGGCGAACUGAUGUCCCUCCAGGCACUGAUAUUAUGUGAUAAUAGUCUUGAAAGUCUACCUAGUUCUAUAGCAAAGUUGACGAAUUUGAAGUCGUUGCUGCUUCACAAGAACAGAUUGAAGACAUUGCCUACUGAAAUCAUCACGUUAAAAUGUCUGACAGAGUUAUCUCUGAGGGACAAUCCGCUGGUAGUAAGAUUCGUGUCGGAUAUGACACACAAUCCCCCGUCACUAUUGGAGUUGGCUGCCAGAGUGAUCAAGACAAACGAUAUCCAAUACGACGAGGAGAACAUACCGAGAAACCUGGUGGAGUAUCUAAACAGCGGCCACCGUUGCGUGAACUCCAAGUGUAAAGGUGUGUUCUUCAACAACAGAGUGGAACACGUCAAAUUCGUCGAUUUUUGCGGCAAGUAUCGUCUGCCUUUGUUACAGUACCUUUGUAGCAGGAAAUGUAUAGAAUCACGAGACGGAGACGAAGUAGUCAGUGGAGCGAUGAUAAGAAAAGUUCUUCUGGGUUGAUUACCGUUGUUGGAAUUACGUUUCACCGAGACCCGUUAUGUUUUCCAUCCAAAGGAGAUGGAAACAUCUGUAGUUUACAAUUACUACUCUAACGUCAUCUACUGUCAUCGACGGAUCCUUUCUCUCCUAUAAUGUUUCAAUGUGGUCGACUGCUUUGUCAGCUCGGAGACCAGCGCUAUCGAAUUCAGCGCUUCAGGAGUCGAAGGCUAAGGCAUAAAGAUUACACGAGGGAUUACGUACGACUUGUAGUAAAUUUUAAGCGAAAAUUGCAUGGUGGAGAGUUGAAGAAAAAAAAAAAACCGGAGUUGAAUUUUCAUUUAUUGGACUACUCCAAUCAAUCUAAGCGAAGCCGCCACGAAUAAAAAAGCUUCUCGCAGUCGAAUUGUCCCAGCAACGUCGACUUAUGCGUACGAAUCUUCUUUUGUAAAGAGAAUGUAUACUUCCCACGAAAAGCAUAUUUUCUAACAUAAAGAUUUGAUUCAAGUUUAACAUAUGUACGAAUCUCUUUAAGUAUGUAUACCUGUGAUGAAAGGAAUAUCUUCGAAAAUAAACGUUUCGCCAAGCGCGAUUCGAGUUCAACUGAUUUCAUACUUACUCCAGAUCGUGCGGAAUCGUCGCGAAUGAAGCCGCAGUGUCUGUUAACGUGUUAUCUUUUUAUUGUUAAAUAAACCACAAAAUCUACAAUAAUAAUAAUAAUAUUAUCAUAUAGAGUCUCCGUAAGAACGGAGGCGUUCGAUCCUCGCUUAAAACACAUCCACUGAUUUAUUUCUACGAUUACCGAUUUAUCUAUUUUUCAUGUGUGAACCGUGUAAAACUGAAAACAUCCGACAAGUGAACGGUAGCGAAGCGAACGACAUUUUUACUUAAUCAUCGGUGAUUCGUCGGUAUAGAGUCGUUUAAGAUUCAUAGAAGAACAUCGUUAUUAUAUCUUUUUUUUUUUACCAUUUUUUUUUUCUCCUCCAUCCUUUUUUUUUCUUUUUUUUUU